AGCAUUUUAAUUCUUCGAUGUAAAGCGUGGUGUAUUGUUAACUUUGAAAUGACAUGAAUGGAAUUAACGUAGCGGUCCUCUUUUUUAAACAAUAAACCAUAUAAGGGACUCAAUGUAUAUGUAUUCGAGUAAACCCAAACCUGAAUACACCGGUAGAGAUUCUAAAUAUGUCCAAAGACCAAGACAGCGACAACCCGAUCUAGAAAAUGAAGAUAUCUUAAACUCUAACAAGAUUGUAAGCCCUUAAAACGUACUCUGUGAUCCGUUGAAGUUUCCAGACUCUUCCGUCCGAGACGAGUAUCGAAAAUCCGAAAGAAUGUAUUCGACGGGAUUUAUUGGAAAAUCAGGAUUGGGUGAUCACCGGCCCACGCUUCAGCAUGACACCAAAAUGCCCCCUCAGAAUGCUCGGGAGUUUCGUGACAAUGGAUACGACAGGGAGUCAGUAUACCUUAGAGAUAAGAAAAGGGGCAAAAGAACCAUUGUGGGCAUCAUUUUGGGAGUUCUUUUAAUCGGAGGCAUUGCAGCUGUCCUUGCCUGGUUUUUGACACAAAAGGGAGAUGAAGAGGACGCCUCUAUAAAAUAUUAUGUAGUGUUCGGUGAAAUGAGUCUAGACCAAGUAUUCUAUGAAGAACUCGCCAAUUCGUCUUCUCCAGAAUUCAAGAAUUUGAGUACAGAAUUCUGUGGCGCAAUUAAAGAUGCGCUGCAGAAAAACUCUUCGGAAUACGGAGAUAAAUACCAACAUUGUGACGUGACUAAUUUCAGGAACGGAAGCAUAGUGGUUCAAUACAAGGUGUACUACGAGUUCACUACUACUAUAAUCAUCGAGGAAACGGUCCAAAAAGAUAUCAACAGCUCCCUAACACCAAUAAAUUCCAGUCAUGCACAGUUGUCUAAUUUUGUGGUCAUAACAACGAGUUUGACUAUCACGGUAAAUGUUGAGACUUAUGUAAUAGAUCCCAUAACAACUAGUUCAACAACAACAUCAACUACAGCACCAGCAACAGAAACCACAACCGACAGUUCCACAGGAACCACAUCCGACAGUUCCACAUCGACUACAGCACCAGUAACAGUAUCCACAACCGACAGUUCCACAUCGACUACAGCACCAGUAACAGUAACCACAACCGACAGUUCCACAUCGACAUCACCAGUAACAGUAUCCACAACCGACAGUUCCACAUCGACGACAUCACCAGUAACAGUAUCCACAACCGACAGUUCCACAUCGACGACAUCACCAGUAACAGUAUCCACAACCGACAGUUCCAUAUCGACUACAGCACCAGUAACAGUAUCCACAACCGACAGUUCCACAUCGACUACAGCACCAGUAACAAUAACCACAAUCGACAGUUCCACAUCGACAUCACCAGUAACAGUAUCCACAACCGACAGUUCCACAUCGACGACAUCACCAGUAACAGUAUCCACAACCGACAGUUCCACAUCGACUACAGCACCAGCAACAGUAUCCACAUCCGACAGUUCCACAUCGACGGCAUCACCAGUAACAGUAUCCACAACCGACAGUUCCACAUCGACUACAUCACCAGUAACAGAAACCACAACCGACAGUUCCACAUCGACGACAUCACCAGUAACAGUAUCCACAACCCACAGUUCCACAUCGACUACAGCACCAGUAACAGAAACCACAACCGACAGUUCCACAUCGACGACAUCACCAGUAACAGUAUCCACAACCGACAGUUCCACGUCGACAACAGCACCAGAAACCACAGCAACAGCUGAACCAGUGAAAUAUACAGCAGAUAUCCAUGUUUCCAGUAUAGUUGCUACUGUUGGAGAACUCACGACAUCAAAAGCGUGCAUAGUCACUCCGCACGGAGAAUGGCUUCAAAUCAACGUAUCAGUCGAUUCGGCCGGGGUGUCACACGUCAUCGGGAAAUUAGAUUACAACCAAUCUUUUGAAAACCCAUCGUCCCUGGACAGAUUUAAUGCUAGUAUCCGCAUGAAUGGUGAUACAGUUGAUGUGAUGGUGACUCUGAAUCUAACGGAACCAACAACCGAAAUCUGCUCCAGGGACAACAGUUAUAAAGUGUAUUGCUCUGUGAUUAUGAACGACACUUUUCCGACUAAGGUGGUCGAGUUCAAUGCAAUUUCCGUGACAGCUCCUAUGUCAGAAGUAAGCAUCGACUCUAAGGUACAUUACAACGAAGGUGAUCUGAUGACCUUCAAUUGUACAACGAAAGUGGAUCCAGAUUAUAGUUACUUUCAUGCUGAAUUAAUCAAAAAUUCCAACACUCUUUUCACAAUUCCCGGUCCAGAUUUUGGGACUGGACUUAACACCGACUGUUCCAUUGAUUUCAACUGGGUUGGUGGUCCCCCUCUUCCGCUGACUUCCAAUCAAAACGGCGUCAUAGUCCGCUGUGUUGUACGAAACACUGUGCUGAAUAAGACUAAGAUUGCUGAAAAGACGCUGAAUGUAUCAUCUGCUGGUGUUGCAUUUUUUGAAUAUAUCAAAUCAAACCUGAAAAAAAGUUUCCAAGAAAUAGAAUGCAUAGCCCGCAGUGCGUCAUCAAUAUUUCAGGAAAUCAUUUUAUCUAAAGAUGGUGCCGAAAUUGCUGUUAUGAAUAGUUCAGGAACGGCCUCGAUGCUUAUAACUAAUGCGAGAUACUCUGUAACAACACAAUCGUUUAGUGGCGAUGAACGACUGAUCUUGAGAAUAUCCAGUGUGGAGUGCGAAGAUCAAGGAAUGUUUGGUUGCAAAAUGUCGACAAAGAACAAUUCUAUAAUAACCGCUCCCAAUAUGACGUUUAUUGUGGAAGGAGCUAAACCAGAAUUGAAAUUACAUCCCGACAUCUUCGAACCUUUUGCUAGAGCAGGCCUCAAUCAUAUUUGUUCCACGGAGCACACCGGAAUGGAAGAGAGAAAUAACUACUUGGAAGUUCAAAUAUUCAAACCGAACACUGUGACUGGUUUUAGAUACUCAAACAGAAUAGCAGAGACCGAAAAAAUGCUGGAUCCUACGAACAAUAUAACUUACAUCAACAUCACAGGAACGACUGCCCAGUUCCUUCUUGUGUCUGAUUGGAAAACGAAUGUGUCGUGUAACAACCCGGAAACGAUAACAUUUUUGCUGGACUUGACGAUGGAGUUCAAUAACGGGACUGUGAAAUGUGUGCUGAAGGACGACGAGACAGUGCACUCUUCUGUGGAGUCACGCAUAACAGUGAUUUCUGGUAACUUUUGUGACGGAUAUGAGCACCAAUCUAUCAGAAAACAUCCGAACAAUGACUGCAAUAGUUUUGUCGAUUGUUCGAAAAUCGGAGGGAAAAUGUAUGCCGUGGGAAAUCAAUGUCCUACUGGCCAAUGCAUGGACUUUACAAACAAAUAUUGUGUAACUUGUGACGGAAGUUUUACUUGCGAGGAAGUAACAACACCUGGGCCUACAACAAUAAUGACAACCCUACCCCCAGGAACACGCUAUGUGUCCUGUAAUGAUUCCACCCACUCGGAGGGGACAUCAGCCAUCGUAAAAUGUGUUGUCCUAGAUAACACAUUCGUCAGUCUAAACAUCACAUUCCUCCCAGAGUCAAGUCAAGGGAGUGAGGAAAAAAUAGCGGGAAUUCUUCCAGACGGCACGGUGCAAUCUCAGUCUCGUCCUGACAUGGACAUAUCCACCAACUUUGCUUCAUCGCCUAUGAUUUUAUCAAUGACGUUCCAUUCAGUAAAUUGCAGUGGUAAAGGACGAUAUAGUAUCACCGGCAUGGGAACAGAUUCAUCAUUUGCCCUUUCUGUUGAAACAUUUAGACUAAAUGUUAUUAGCAAUCUGACAGCAUUCAGUAUAAACACGAGUCCAAUUUACGAAGAGGGUUCACAGAUUGAAUUCAACUGUACAGCUACUCUAGAUGAGUCUCACGCAGACAUUAAAGCGUACUACAAAAGACAAUCAGAGAGCAGUUUGACCGAAAUUGAAGGAUCAACAGUUAUCACUGGAAGAAACGACCCACACUGUCUUGUGAAUGUCGUUUGGAAACCAUCAAAUCUUAUGAUAGCUGAUGGAAGUUUCAAUAAUACCGAUCUUAAAUGUUCAAUUAUGCAAUGGCCAUUUGCAAAUAAAUUUAAGUCAAUUACUGUUGGAAGCGCAGAUGUCGCCUUUGAUAUCUACAAAAUUGAAGCUAACAUCAACAGCAUGGUGUCUGCCAAAUGCUUUGCAAGGAAUGUGAAUGCUGUAAAAGCGAUUGUUAUAAGAAGAGCUGACAAUAACGCGACGGUCGCCAGUAUCUCUCUAACAAACACCCUUACCUUCAGUGUAGAUGGAGUAACGGUCAGUUACACAAACAACUCUUUGACGAUGUCCAUAGCAGCAUUAAGUUGUUGGGAUGAGGGAUACUAUACCUGCACCGUUGUAAAAUCUGAUGAUGCAGAGACCAGUGCACCGGCGCAACUUCACAUUCAACCAAAAGAUCCGCCCAAAAAGCAGUUAUCGACAUUGCGCCUCGAUCCAGACAUAAAAGAAAACAGUUACGACAGCGCCAAAGUACACACCUGUACGGGAGAUGUAGGCUAUCCAGUGAGCGAGGGAUAUUUAUCAAUAACAAUUACUAACCCCGACACCAAUGUUAACUAUUCAUAUGAUAAAAAAGCAGUUACAGAUGCCAUGAAAACUCCCGAAACAUCGCCUCUUAAAUUUAGAGUCAGUCUUGCAACUGGACUAAGCAUACUAAUUGUAGAAGAUGACGAAACAACUGAUAUCAACUGUACAAGGACGAGAAUGAUAAAGUUCUUAUUGCAAGUUACGAGGGACUGGAAUAUGGCGAAGAUUCACUGCAGUGUUAAAACAGAUAAUGGUGAAAUAAAGGAAACCGUAGUUGAAGAUGAAAUAUACGUUAUUCCAAAGAGUAUAUGUGAUGAUACGAAUGGGACUGAUGCAUUCCGACCGCACGAAAAAAUGGAUGGAUGCCACACUUAUGUGAGAUGUUAUAAUUACAUACCAGCAGGCCAACGUUGUAUUUUUUACUUGUGUUUUGACCAUGAAAAAAGGAUUUGUGAUUGGUGCUAUAAUGUGAAGUGCGAAUCGGAGAUGACGACUACGACAGAAGGAUCGACAGAAUUAGUGACAACAACUAUCCCUCCAUCUAGUACUCCAGCAUUGCUUUGUCCUUUACAAUCCUGCACGUCAGAUUCGGCAUACCAAGGGGAAACUGCUAGACUGUCAUGUUCUAUGAACAUGUCUGCGUCAUAUACACAAAUAACUGUUGCGAAAAAAGGUCAAGCUUUAUUAGUGGUGUAUCCAAACAGUACCACUGUCUUCAGUAUCAGUGAAUAUGCCGACAAGUAUACCUGGACGUUGGGCACAUCUUCCGUUUUCACAAUCAAGAACGCGUCAUGUUCUGACAGAUCAGAAUAUACAUUCACGGUGGAGACUGAUGACGGGAGGACCUGCUCUGAAAAACCGUCUUUUGAUUUGAAAGUCAAACCAGCAACACCUACGUUAGCAAUUGGUUACACGUGGGAAAUUGGAAAAAACGAAAAGAUUCACACUUGUUCGGGGGAUGUUGGAAACCCUGCCGGAACAUUGUCGCUUGAAAUAAGAAACGGGACAUCAGGAAAUUAUACAUUAUAUACCCCCUCGCUUAGAGAUGAUAAGCCAAAGUUCCAUGAAGAGAACUGUUCCAACACGCUAGAUGUUGAGUUUUCAAUUGAUUUCACAUCAACCGAUCUCCAGGGACACUAUAUUCGUUGUGUUGCUGAUAAUCCACAUACACUUCAGAGCUCGGACACUUUUCCUGCUUCCAAUGCAGUGAUGAUCAACCCACUUCCUGUUAAUCCAUGUUUAGUUGAUGGGCUUCAUCCUUAUCCAGGUGAAUGCACUCGAUAUUUGAAUUGUGCUACUAGCAUCACCAGAGUUAGUCAGUGUGGUGCAUUAUGCUUUAACCCAAACAGUAGCACCUGUGAUACUGAUUGUUCUCAUUGUUAGCUGUGAUUUUUGUGUCGCCCACACAGCGAGGUAGGCACUAAGGAAUUACUUUCUUUGGAGUGCGAACUCUUUCUGACUGGCUGGCUGGAGUUGUUGGUACCUGUAUGCGACACAUGUAAUCCCCAGAAACAUUUUAUGAAUAAUGUGAUACAGAGAGAAUGCAUGCUACACUAUACAAAUAUUUUUAUGAAUUUAGUGUUCGUUAUUGCGUAACAUGGAUGAGCUUUACCAAGAUUAUAUUAUAUUUUUCAAUGUUAAUCUGUUUAAAAGAUGUUUUUUUUGUAGAAACUAUUUCAUACUUUAUCAGAUUGUUAUGCAUAUAUAGAUGUAAUGGCGUUAAUAUUUUAUGCACACAACAAGAAAAUCCUCGAAAUACAGAUGUAAUGUCAUCUGUAAAGUGAAGAUGAAAAAUCGGUUCGGACAUUGACUAUGUAUAUGAAUAAAUCAUGCGAAACUUAU